UCAUUCAGCAAUCCUUGACGGAAAUUUGCAUAAGCUUCUAACGCUACAAAAACUUCACGAAAACCAGUAGUAUUCCUCUUCCUCUUACUCUCACAAGCAAUCGCAGCUUUUUUUCAAUAUUAAAAUGAAUUGGAUAUAUCCUGUAGAGGCGUACAAUAAAAUAAAUUUAGUUUACGGCAAUUUAACGUGUUUAUCCCGUCCGCAUUAUAUGCUGAUUUUUGAUAUUAGACCGGAGGAUGAGUACGAUAGCGGACAUGUACCAACGGCCAAAAGACUUGCAAAGACGAAAGCAAAAGGAUGGCACACACUCGACGGGCUUGAUGACCUUUCAUAUAAGCAAACAAUUUUGCUGUAUGACAUGAAAUCAAAUUCAUCUUCUGCUACCGAUACCCUAAUCGAUGCAGCGAACGAUAUAUGGGCUCGUCUGCAUGGAAGCCAAAAUCAAAAUACGGUCUGCUUGUUAAAUGGAGGAUUCGAAAAAUUCACGGAAUUUUACCCAAACUGCAAAUCAUAUCAGAGCACAAACACACGAGCGGAAUUAAGCAGAAUUCAAGUGCUCCCUUUGCAUAUUCCUAUCGAUAGAAAUGAUUUGGGUCGGCUGUGCUUCUGCGCUUCUGACACAUUUGUAUCCGACAGAUCCAUGCAUAUUAUGGCGGAUAUCGAUGCUCACGUUAGCUGUUCCGUCAUUCGCGACAAAACGUUCGGAUUCAGUGCACACGAAGACGAGCGUGUCUAUUAUUGUGUGUUGGAGAAUGCAUCGGAUAAUGACUGCAGCGCUAUGGGGUGCAAUUUAAGAGAACUGCAUAAUGUGUGUUUGUUCGCCGAGUCUCAUUUGAAGGAACAAAGGAACGUCCUAAUAUAUGGCGAACCUGAGAGCUGUGUGGCCGCAGCAGUUAUUGUUGCGCUUUUGUUGAAAUUGACAAACAUGGGCGUAGAGGCUGCCUACAGUCACCUUUGCCGCUGUUGUCCAUCAGUCGCGCUGGACUGCGCUUCGGAAAAGGUCUUAACGGGAUUUCAGCACAAUUGGAUCAAUAAUCCUGAAUUUCAAUCAAACGUACCAUUUAUGCCCGAAGUCAGCCGUGCUCAAUCGAUCCUAACGCCUAAUGUCGAUUCGUCGUCAAAUUUCACCACAGGACACGACGCAUCGGUUGUGGCUUCGAAAAUGAACUCGACUGGUUCAAACAAACACUCGGCGGCAGGAAACGGAAAGUCGACUGAAAGCAACGUUGUCGAGAGCACAACGAAACGUCUAAGUGGAAACGAAUGCAAAGCCAACGAAAGAAACGGCGACGAUUGUAAAUUACGAGUGUCAAGGGAAGAAAUAAGGUUGCUGGAAGAAGAGAUUCAAUGGAAAAUUUUUCAUGAGCAGCGAAAUUCCCCAGUUUUCAAUACCUUUACUGUGCUGGAAAAGGGAUGCCUGGAGCAAAUUCAUGAUAAAAUCAAGCGUCUCUCAUCGCUAAAAGCGCCGAUCGUGUUUGAACGCAAAGUCCUGCCAAAAGCGGAUACCCGCGUGACCUCUAUGGGAAUGUCACAAGCGCAGCAACGUUCCGCUGACAGCCUCAACGAUGUUGAUGUGGAGAUCCAUGCAGCUGCUUCUGACUAAUCAGCAGUCAGCUAAAUGCGCUGAACACGUACCACUGUGUUCAAAAUUCAAUUGACUGCAUAAUUAUGCGUGUUUCAUGUCAAAAAGGUGUAACAAAACAUUGAUAUUUGAGGUGCAUUUUGAAUUUUUUCUUUCGAUUAUCGGUUUGUGGGCUGCCGGGAAAGGUAGGGACGGCGUAAUGAAACUGAAAUGUUAACAGUUACAAACAGCCAUCAGCUGCAAUUACAGUACAAAUAUGACAUUGUAGUGUCAAAUA